AUAAAUGCAUGCAUUUCUGCAAAAGAAAAAAGAGCUGUUAAAAAAAUCAAAAUGAAUAUAUAACGAAAAUGCCGAUCUAGAUUGCAGCAUAUGGAGAGCGGGAGAACUCCGCUCACACUAGUAUGGAAGACGUUUUAGAUGCUACCUUUUAUCAAGAUGAUUUCCUGACAAGAACAUUAACGUCGUCUUCAUUGUACGAUAAAAACCAUUUAGAUCUCACAUUUGUUGACAAUAAUAAUAUACCUCGGAAAGAUCACCUUCAAGAUAAUGAUGAAGAAAAUCCAGACUCUCCAAAUUUGGAUUUCCUUAAGCUGGGCUCGCCGGAUUUGGAACAGAUGUUUAUGAAUAUACAUGAGCAUGGGGAUGAGUUAUCCAAUGACGAUGAAAGUUCAAAUGUAUCAGCCGCGGCUUUUAACAUCGAGGAGGAUUUAGUCAAAGCAGACAAUUGUUUUACAGAAGCCUUGCAGCAGCUGCAUGAUAAACAGGACAACGUGCCUGUAGAGAUUAUAGAAGAGAAAGUUAAGGUAGAAGAAGUUAGCGAGAGAUGUUUAAAUGUUCUUGAACAACCUGUAAAGAUCGAGCCAACGAAACGCGUAAGUUCGCAACAGUCUUUAUAUAAAUCAAAAAGCAAGCAACAUUUAAAACGGCAUUUAUCUCAUCAAAGACAUUCGUAUAACGCCAUAGCAAGUGAUAAUUCUCACAUGCAGAACAAAAAUCUACACCGGGAGGUAAAUGCUCUAUCCAAUCAUCCUUUGCACCAAAAUAUCCCUACCAUGGCACAGCCGCAUAUGGCCAUAUCAGAGCAAAUUGCCAUGAACAACCAAAUGGCAUUGUUAAAUAGUAUGGGUCAAAGCAUGAAUGUUCACCAAAUGCAGCAACAACAACAACAGCAGCAGCAACAGGAAAUUGCAUUUCUUACGCAAGCCAUGGGUUUUCAGGCAGAGCGGGAGAAUAUACAAGCGCAUUUAAUUAAUGGUUUCCCGCAGCACCAUACAGGACAUGUUUUACCAAGUAUUCAACAAAAAAUGCUUGAACAGCAAAUAAUGCAACAACAACAACAUCAACAACCCUUGAAUGGAGGAUAUUCAACCAAUGACAAUCCAUCAUUACAUGGUAUAAGCCAAUUAGAUUCAUUAGCAACAUUGGGAGUAGAUGAACAAACCAUAAAAAUGUUUGUAGAGAAUCCGCAUUUAGCUCCAAUUAACUUAGAAAUACAAGAGCUUAUUAAGCGUGAACGGAAGAAACUACGCAAUCGUAUAGCUUCUUCAAAAUGCCGAAAAAGGAAAUUGGAAAGAGAAGGAAGGUUAGAGGAUAAAGUAAGAGUGUUAAAAGAAAAAAAUAUUGAACUCAACGCGGUGGCAAAUGCCUUGAAGCAGCAAAUUUGUGACUUAAAACAACGCGUUAUGGAUCAUGUCGGUGAAGGAUGUCAAAUCGUCUUGCCAUCGUUUAUGAUGCUAUGAACUAGUUAAUCAUACAUUUUUUUACUUCCUUCAACAGCAAUUAAUCGUUUGCCAGCUGCUGUGAUUUUGCAAGCUUUAGUAUUUUGAUAUUCAAAAAAACUUUUGUUCUCCCGAUUGUGAAAUAUAUUACAUUGUAUAAUAGUGAUUUUUUUUUGUUAAUAAUAGUUUUUUCAAAAUUUUGUAUUCUUUUUUUUUUACUGAGAAAGUAACUGUUUCUUUCGAUCAUUGUUGAGGUUCGAACAUAAUUUUUUUGCUGUUAGAAAAUAAAUUUAGAAUUGUGAAAUCCAAAAAUUUUCAACGUUCACACCUUCAACCUAAAUUAAAUUUGAGCCCUGACAAUUUUUAUCUCUUAACCCAUUUCUUUAGCAACUGAAUGUACCUCCUAUGUAUUGUUGUAUUCAACCCUGUAGCACGCACCAAUGAUUUUUGAUGGAGGGAAGGGAGUGUUAAGUUAAUAGUUGACGCGCCAGAAUAGUAUUUUGAGAUUUUAACCCCUAGAUUCGCUAAAAACGCAUUCUCUUUACACGUCUCUCCUAUAUUGGAAAGCGUAUUUUGAGAUUUUAACCUCUAGAUUGGCUAAAAACGCAUUCUCUUUACACGUCUCUCCUAUAUUGCCAAGCGUAUUAGUCUCCUAGUCUGCUAAGACCUUGACAAAAAUUUAUAACAUUGUCUCAUUACAAAAAAGGGGUGUGGCCAAUAUUCUCCCUUCCCCUGGUUGCCACGGAUCUUUUAUUGUAUUGUGAUCAAAUAAAAUACAAACUAGCUUUUAGGGUUCUGCCUGGACCAUAUUAUAACUUGAAAGAAGAUUUUUUCGAAAAUAUGGAACGAUAUUAAUGAAUAUAAAACUGAUGUUAGCUAUUUUAUCAUUUAA